GUGAUCCAGAGGACCACUGAGGCAGGCCGGGGUUAAGACUCUGGUUGCCGUUACAGAAGGAGUCGGAGAGUUUGACAGAGUUCUCCAGCUGCAGGAACGGUGUGUAUGUCUUCAGUGUUACGUAAUACGUUCUCAUAAACGUAUAUUAUAAAGUGUGCUUCAUGGAGAAAGGAAGGACUGCAUGAAAAAAAGAAAUGGAGCUAACGAUGAUUUAAUUAAGAAUGUACUGGCAUAUUAUGAAAUUAAAUGAAUAAAUUAAUGAUAUUUAGAUGUAAUGCACACAAUCAUUCUUCUGUGUGGUCUAACGACCUCAUAUUCUGCUCGGUCAUUUCCUGUUCUCAUUUAAUUUGCACAUGAACUAUUAUUUUCAGGGUAACUGCACUCGUCAGAUCAUUGUAGUCAAAGUGUAUCGUCUCACUAAAAUUCAAGUGAAGUGCCAGAACCUCCAAACUGCAGCGACAUUAUCCACGUCUGGUGGCUCCGUGUUUCGGCCUCCAUCCGCUGCAGGGAGGCGAGGGCCCCGAGCAGCGCAGCGUGAAGCCUCAGGUAGCUCAACAGUCUGCGCCUCACCCGUCCUUUGAUUGUUUGACUUGAUUCAUUCUGAGAGUAACUGUAUCCGGUGCUGCUCUGUGGCGGAACGCAGGAGGAGAGACGGAGGCCUCUGGAGGAGAUGAAGACGUGUAUUUAUUUUUCCUAUUAAGCUAUUAUUAUAAGUACAAAAUACAAAAUCGUAAACCUCCGGCUUUCAGGAUGUAGAAAUAGGGAGUAGCUCCCCAACGUUUCUUUAAGACUCACAAAUAGCUUUACUCUCUUUCUUUAUCUGUUCUCCUAUUUUCUGUGGUGCACUUUCCACACAUGACAGCGUGUGUUAGUGGUUGAAUAGAUGCUGUUGGAUUAAUUCAUAUAACAACAGAGAUGUCUGUUCCUCAGGAUCUGGAAGUUGCUCUGCCGCAGUUCUACAAACUCAGAGAACGCCUCGUCGCUAUUGGAGAGGUUGGUUUGGACUUCACGCCGUGGUGUGCUCCCACUCAGCAGGACAGAGACGACCAGAUGUGUGUCUUCAUUAAACAGCUGCACGUCGCCAAAGAGCUGGACCUGCCUGUGAACGUCCACUCACGAUCCGCCGCUAAGGUCACCAUACAGACCAUGAGAGAACACGGUAUCAGUCGAGCUCUGCUUCAUAACUUUGCGGGGAAGCCGUCGGCCGCUCUGGAAGGUGUGAAGGCCGGUUACCUCUUCUCCUUCCCACCUGCCGUCUGCAGGAACCAACAGGAUGCCGUUUCAAUGGCAACGGGGAACCCGAAGAAGAAGAAGCAGCAGCGCGUUCCAAAGAUCUUUCACGUUCAUCCCACGGAUGAGGGACUCUGUAGAGAGUUUCAAACACACGCAGAGGUUCUGCCUUUGUUUGUUCAACAGUUGGAACUUUUGAGAUUCUCUAAACUUUUACUUUCUCAUCGUUUUGCUCUUUUUAAAGUCACUGAAAAAAGUUCAAGAGUUAGUUUUUGUGUCUUGGUUAUUCAAUCAAACAGACGGUUUAAGAGUAAAUCUAUCAACACUGCAAUUCAAUUUUUUUAUGUAAAAUAAGUUUUGUUUGCAAAUCCAAAACUUGAAUAGCAUUGGGUUUUGCUCUCAAACCUUCUGUUUCUUUGCAUAAUACAGACGCAACCCCACAAUAACAGCAGAUGCAUGUCAUGACUCAGAGUCUCAUAUGCCAUGUGAUAUUUCUUACACACAAUAUAUCUCCUUAUAGCCAACUCGUAUCUCAUUAAUAUGGUUUCUUAAAUGACAGGAUUCAUCCAACUAUCUACUGAGAGUAAAUUGUAUUUUUUCUUCGCCCUUGUGGGACUUUGAAACAGAGACAGAGUGAGAGGUCUCUCACUCAGAGGUUAUGUGAUCCUCCUGAGAUAGACCUACAUACAGCAAAGGGGUUUCAACUGCAAAAAUAUAUAUGUAUAUUAUAUAUGUUAUAGCCUCAGCUUGUUUUUAUUACAACCUGAAUAAUAACUCCUUACUGACCAGUGUCUGCCAUUCAAUGAUUUCACGUCUCCGCUGCUGUGAUGUGGAAGUGUACUCAGGACACUGUGACGUCAUGACAGGUCACUGACAUGCUGUUUCCCAGCAUGACAUCUUCAAUGUUGCAUUAGGUCAGGGCCUAAAAUGUCAUUUGGGGGUUUACUUUUAUUUCACAAAUAUUGAAGAAACAAUUAAAUGAAUGUAUAAUAAAUGUGAGUUCCAUGUGGGAUUAGACUUGUACCUGCUGCAGUGGAGUCCCACUGGGUCAAAGGAGGAUUAGAGCAGAUAACGGUCUGAGCACAUGGUCAGACUAACUGUGAGUAAGGCCCAAGCAGCACUGUCGCAAGGAGCACAGGGAUUUACUUUUGUCAUUUAUUUCAAUGGAUUUGUUUUGUUAAUUAUUCAAGAUGAGACACUGCAGCAUUUCAUGCUUGCUGGUCAAUUUCAGAUCUUUGUCUAUUUUGUUUC